AUGGGAGAAGAAUUUCAUGCAAUGGUAGUGACCAUAGUAAUAAUCACAAUACUUUUCAUGGUGUUGAAAUGCAUUUUGAAGAGAAUUAGUAAAAAGGUAGUGGUUUCUCAAAAUGUGGAGUCACCUACCACUAAUGGUCUCUACAAAUUCACAAAUGUUGAGAUUGAGAAUGCUUUAAACAUUGGUAAUAUGAGAAGAAGAAAGUGGAUAGCACAUGGAAGAAGAGGAGAGUUUUAUCAAGGGAUAUUACCAAGUGGACAAAAUGUGGCUAUUAAAGAAAUGCACAAAACAAAAGAUGCAAUGGACUCUUUUAUUAGGGAAGUUGAGUGUCUAUCAAGAGCUAGGCAUCCUAUCAUUGUUUGUCUAUUGGGUUUUUGUAAUGAAGAUGGAAAUCACUUUUUGGUUUAUGAACACUCUUCUGGUGGAAAUCUAGGCCAGUAUUUAAUCAGAGAAGACACUGUUUUGACUUGGGACGCAAGAGUUAAAAUAUUGAGGGACUGUGCAAGUGCAAUCACAUAUCUCCAUAAUUAUAUUGAUGGCUCAAUUAUUCAUCGCCACAUUAAGCUUAGCAGCAUUCUUUUGAAUGAGACAUUUGAACCAAAGCUAUGCGGAUUUGGUCAAUCAAAAAUGCUAGGAAUGGAAGAGAGCAAAGUAUUUGGAGAUGUUUUGGAAAAUGGAAUAUACACAGACCCUGAAUACAAAAAGUGUGGGUUACUCACUUGUGCAGAAACUGACAUUUAUAGCUUUGGAGUUAUAAUGUUGCAAGUCCUAUCUGGAACAAAACUUCCUCACUUUGAUCAAGAAGCCAGACACACAUUGUUAACAAAGGCGAAGGAUGUAAGUACAGGAAAGCUUCCAAUCUCUGAGUUUGAAGAUCCGAGGUUGAAAGGGAAACUAAUAAACCACGAAGCAUUGAAAUCCAUAUUGCACAUUGCAGUAAUUUGUGUGUCUGAAACAAGAAUAGAGCGCCCAACAAUAAACCUAGUUUAUGAAGAGCUCAACAACAUUUGGAUGCUCAUGAGCAACAUUGGUUGGCCUAUUAAUGUUCCUCCUCAUGUCUAG